AUGCCUGUAUCGAUAGGCGAUGUUUAUCAUUCGUAUUCGCCGCAGCCCUUUGUCGUGGCGUCAGCUGCAGUAGCCCUUCCGACCUUAUCAUCCUCGGCGCCGGCGGCUGUGGGGAUGUCGCCUCUUCCCGCACCUCGAUCUGCGCCGUCAUCCGUGACUCCGGCUGGCCCUGUCCUUGCGCCUGCUGCGGCGCUAGUUCCCGUCGUGGCGUUGUUGUCUGCGCCUGCCGUGGCACCUGGUCCUGCGCCCGCGUCGUCGCCCGCUCCAGCGCACGCCUGGACGUCUGCUCCUGCGCUCGCUCCUAGGCCGGCUGCGGCGUCUCAUCCUACGCACACUCCUGCACCCGCAUCGGUGGUUCCAUCUGUCCCCGUGGGGGUGUCGGCACCCGUGCCUGUAGUCGCGGCGUCGUCUGCUGCUGUUGGAGCAGCCUCCGUGCCGCCACCGGUUGCGCCUGCCGUGGCGCCUUCUGCUGCUGCUGCUGCGGACCCAACUUACCGGCCACCUCUAGCCACCAGCGCCGGCCUGAGCUCGGCGGAGGUUCAGUCGACUCGCGUGUCGCCUCCGGUUGCUCCUGCCCCUAUGCCUGUGGCAACACCAGCGCCGCCUCCGACCGUCCAGGCGGGUCCUGUUCCCGCACCCCUUGCUGCUGUUCCCCCCGCUCAACGUCCUCCGUCCCCGGGCCGUCGGCAGCAUCAGCCUCAUUCCCCUGUGCCACGUGACGAGAGGGAGACGUCACGGCGGUGGCACGAUUCUCCUCGGCGCCGUGGUUUGCAGGCGAACUGGGCUGCACCCCGUGGCGGCCGAGGAGGCUGGUGGGGAGGGCGUGGUCGCGGUGGCGGCUGGAUGUAUGAUCAGCCGGUGACAAUGGCCGACUUGCAGCGAGUUGUGUCUGACGCGAUGCGCGAGGCCCGGCGGCUUCCCUCUGGAAGCCAUUCUCAGGUCCGCCUCCCCUUCCAGUCGCUCCUCCUCGUCCGCCGCCUCGUCCGCCCCGCGAUGCCUGUAUCGAUUGGCGACGAGUAUUAUUCGUACUCGCCGCAGCCCUUUGUCAUGGCGUCAGCUGCAAUUGCCCCUCCAGCCUUGUCGUCCCCGGCUCCUGCGGCUGUGGGGAUGUCGCCUCUUCCAGCACCUCGAUCUGCGCCGUCAUCUGUGACUCAGGCUGGCCCUGUCCUCGCGCCUGCUGCGCUGCCCGUUCCCGUCGUGGCGUCGUUGUCUGUGCCUGGCGUGGCGCCUGGUCACGCGCCCGCGUCGUCACCUGCUCCCGCGCUCGCCUCGACGUCUGCUCCUGCCCCUGCCCAUGGUCCGGCUGCGGCGUUUGAUCCUGCGCACACUCCUGCGCCUGCGCCGGUGGUUCCACCUGUCCCCGUGAGGGUGUCGGCGCCCGUGCCUGUGGUUGUGACGUCGUCUGCUGCUAUUGGAGAAGCCUCCGCUCCGCCACUGGCUGCGCCUGCCGUCGUCCCGACGAGACAAUGGGGGGGGGGGGCGGACGACGGGACAGCGCGGAGCGACGAGGGUGGGGGGGGGGGGCACGGACGACGGGAAAGGCAAACCAGGGGCACGACGGGCAGGGCGCCACGGACGGGACGGGACGGGCAGGGCGUGUUAAGAUAG